AUGCCAACCGUUCGUAAGCGCCGCACCAUCAAGACUCCUUCGCGCAAGGUCACCCGCAAGACCGCCAACAAGCACAAGCGCAAGGUCAAUGUCAUCGGCAACAAGAUCAUCCGCGAUAACUGGGACAAGAAGGCCACCCUCCGUCAGAACUAUGCUCGUUUGGGACUGUUGCAGUCAUUGAACGGCGUGACAGGAGGUAUUGAGGUCAUGAACGAAGACGAGCUCAUGGAGAACGAACAGAAAUCCCUCGAGGAGCUCGCAGAAUCCCUGACGGCCGAACAAGGAAUCAUCCAGCGCGACGACGCCGGAAACAUCAUCAACGUCAUUGUCGGAAAGAUCAAGUCCAAGGAGGAGAUUGCCGAGUUCAUGGAGCGGGAUAUUGAGCCCGUCAAGGCCAAGACGGAUGUUGUUCGGGCUUUGGAGGCACAGGCGGCCAAUGUGUUGAAGGUGGAGCGGUACCAGUCCGAUGGAGAGUUGGUCUGGGCUGCCAAGUUGGUCGAGAAGUAUGGGGAUGAUUAUGAAAAGAUGUUUUGGGACCGCAAGUUGAACCCUAACCAGCAGACUGCCAAGCAGCUCAAGAAGCGUAUCGGUGCCCUCUUGGCUUAA